AUGUGCAGACUUGUUGUGGCAGUGUUUAUGAUCCAGGCACUGAGAGCAGGAUGUAUUUUACAAGAUAUUGACAGACCUGAGAAUCCUGAAGUUGAAAUGAAUGUUAGCCAGAUCAUUCUUCACUGGCAAUACCCAGUUGAAGAGUAUGAAGUUGAGACAGAAGAUUCAUAUAUCCUCACCCUUGUAAGGAUUUCCCAUGGAAGAAUGGGCAAUGAUGUACCAGCUCAGCGGCCUGUCGUGUUUUUGCAGCAUGGUUUGUUCGCAACUUCUGUAGUCUGGGUGUCCAACCUACCCAACAACAGCUUGGGCUUCAUUCUAGCAGAUGCAGGUUUUGAUGUGUGGAUGGGAAACAGUAGGGGGUGUACCUAUUCCCUGAAACAUGCCUUUUUGUCAACAAAUUCCACCGAGUACUGGGCUUUCAGUUUUGAUGAAUUGGCUAGAUACGACCUUCCAGCCUCAAUUGACUACAUUGUGAAAAAAACUGGGCAGAAGAUAUACUAUGUGGGCCAUUCCCAGGGCACCCUUAUUGGUUUCCUAGCAUUCUCCACCUUACCCAAGCUGGCUCAGGAAGUCAAAGCUUUUUUUGCUUUAGCUCCUGUCUUUUACAUUCGGCACAUUAAAAGCCCCCCAGCACUACUGCUUUUGCAGGUGCCCGAGUCAUCGCUAAAGCUUUUACUGGGUGACAAGGACUUUCUGACCAAGACUGCCCUCAAGAAGGUUCUGGCUGAUAAAGCAUGUGAGAAUGAAGUAACUGAUGUCUUCUGUGCCCAAACCAUCUUCAGUUUGUCUGGAUUUGAUCCAGAAAACUUAAACAUGAGUCGAAUUGAUGUAUAUGCAGCACACAACACAGAGGGAACAUCUGUCCAAAAUGGUCUUCAUUUCUACCAGGUUUAUCAUGAAAUUCAACCAAUUCUCCGAGCUUAUGACUGGGGGAGUCCUGAAGAGAACUUAGCCCACUAUAAUCAGACGAUUCCUCCAACCUACAAUCUAUCGACGAUGAAAGUGCCAACUGCGCUGUGGAGUGGUCUAAGAGAUUCGUUGGCUGACCCAAUAGAUGUCUCCAAUUUGGUCCCCCAAAUCCCCAAGAUGAUUUACCACAAGAUUAUCCCCACUUAUGAUCAUUUGUCUUUUGUUUUUGGCAUUAAUGCACCUCAAACAGUUUACUAUGAAAUAAUCAAAAUGAUCAAGGAAUCCCCGUAA